UGUACAUUUGUUCAUUCAUAAAUGAUACAUCAUUUACCAACUCAAAUAUUACGCCACCCAUUCUCUUUGUUCUGACGGAAAUUUCAAAACCUUUAAGCACUUUAAAGACCAUGGAAGAAAGUAAUACUUCUAAUACUUCUGUAGCUCCAGAGUCUACAACGGCCCAACCUCCAUCUCCAGCCCAUUCGGAUGCAUCUAGUACCAAAAGAGACACAGAAGCCCCUAUUGCUUCGGGAGCGACAACACCGGCGAGCAGCAGUGGGUCUACAAAUGGAAAACCUUCAAAAAAUGUACCCAGUUCCACACCAGCAAUAAACAUUUUUUCGAAUGACGGAAGCUUUUUGGAUCGGUUUAAGAAAAUGAAGGCUGAAGAAGAUGAGAAAAAGAAGCAGCUUGAUGCCUUAGAAAGGAAAAAAGCUUUUGAAGAUCGGAUUAAAAAUCGUGGAAAGCGCAAGAGUCAACCUACGGACGAAGAACCAGAUCCUAAACGCGUCACCUUAGAGGAUGUAGAACGUGGCGAAACGUUGGAUCCAAAGGCCAAUGCAUACCUAAAGGAGAUGCAAAAGUACAAUGAGCGUUUGUGUAAAGAUGAUACAGGACAUGUGCGUCCGUUGGUGAAGUGA